AUCUGUGUUAGUGACGACACUUCCCUCUCUGUCCCUGGAUUUAUCCCCGAAGUUUUUUCCCUCUCCUCCCCUCCAGGGCGCUGAGAAGUGAACUUUUUCUUUCUUUUUCUGGCCAAAGUGAAAAAGCCAAGAUGUCGCCGCCGUCUCGACGGCUUCAGACGAAGCCCGUGAUCACCUGUCUGAAGACUUUCCUUAUCUCCUACAGCCUCAUAUUCUGGAUCACAGGCAUGUUCCUGCUGGCGGUCGGGGUGUGGGGGAAGGUGAGCCUGGAGGCCUAUUUCUCUGUGGCUUCUGAGGAGAGCACCAACGCGCCAUAUGUCCUCAUUGGGACCGGAGCCACCAUCGUUAUUUUCGGACUGUUUGGUUGCUUCGCUACAUGCCGCGGCAGCCCAUGGAUGCUCAAACUGUACGCCAUGUUCUUGACCGUGGUCUUCCUGGCUGAGCUUGUGGCUGGUGUGUCAGGCUUCAUCUUCAGGCACGAGAUUAAGGCCAAAUUAGGAAGCGCCUACAAAAACGCCGUGACGUCCUACAACGGCACAGACAGCAGCAGCGCCGGGCUCGACACCAUCCAGAGGACUCUUCAUUGCUGCGGGAUGAAAAACUACACCGACUGGGAGAACACACUUUACUUUAAAGAGAAAGGAAUCCCCACCAGCUGCUGUAAGGAAGGUGUGAAGUGCACACCGGAGACCCUGAAAGACCUCGACAAAGCUAAGGCGGAAGUGUACACAAAUGGCUGCUUCACACUGGUGACCAAUUUGAUGGAGGCCAACCUGGGAAUCAUUGCUGGGAUCUCUUUUGGAAUUGCGUUCUUCCAGCUCAUUGGAAUAUUCCUGGCCUGCUGCUUGUCUCGAUACAUAACCAACAACCAGUAUGAGAUGGUCUAACAGUGACCUUCCACAGGUUACUGACGGGCAGCUCCUGAUGCAAACUGAGUUAAAAGAAUCUCCUGUGAUUUUAAUAUUGUGUUGUGUUAGUUGAUAAUAUACUUUUUUAGAGAGGAGAAAAAAAAACUCUCACUGCUUCUUUUUAUCCGAUCUCACUCAAUGGCAAACCAGCAGAAGGGAAAAUGUGAAAGGAAUUUAAAAGGAAAUCAAAAGGGAAAUCUGCAGCAUAGUUGGACCAAAAACAAAGGGACCCUUCAAGAUUCAAGGCCAGUUCAGAGAUGUAAUUCAAAGAUGAUUUGUUACUCCUGGGAUUUAAUUAGGGAAUAUCCAUUAAGUACAUAUAUAUAUAUAUUGUUACAUUUUCAUUUGAGUUAAUUAACUCUACCAAUAUGUCAACGUUUCCAUUUCUUGUGUCUUUAUAUAAUGCAGCUGCCAUAUUUUAUAAUUUUGCUAAACUUAGUCUGUAGCUGAACAGAUGAAAUCUAGACAAUAAGCUGAUAAACUUCUCUUCAACACUACGUGAGUCUCAGACAGACUGAGGUUGUCACCCUGAAAUCAAGUAUGUGCGGUUUAGUGUGGAAACGUACUGAUGACGAUUGUGUCGGCUCAGCAGCGUUCGCCGAAAGCCUUCGUUCAUAUGUGCCAAUUACAGCAGCCCAGCCAACUUUAUAUCACAGUUUUCAGUGUUAAAUUGUUAUUCUUUUUUUUUUGUGGAUGCAUGUGAAAUACUUGAAAAAAAUAAAGAUGGAAUCCAGCAUCUUUUAA